CCCCGAUUCGAACCGUGGUCCUCGGCUCCGGCCGAGCACCGCCAAGACCCCGCGUUGCGCACCCCGCUACGCACCAUAUUANAUUUCUCGUUCAGAGCCCCCGGCGCAUUUGACGACUCCAUACUCGACCAAGACGCCCUCGACCACGCACCGCACUUCGAAAACAACAACGACAGCACCCACCUCGAUGGGCACAAUCAUGACGAGCAUGACGACGCCCGCGGAGCCCACGUUGAUGACACACUUCUCGACAUUACCCAAGCCUUCGAACUCAACCUCAACGAGAUUGUCACCAACGCCCUCCGCCGCAAGAGCAAUACCCCCAUCGAGACCCUUGAACAAUUCUCCGCUCUCGAUGCAGAGGACUUUGCCGCUCAGGUGGCCAAGUACCCUCACCAAUGGUUCCGCGCCGUAAUCGCUACCCAGCAGAGCCACGUCCGCGCAGAGGACACUAUUGACGAAAUCUCUGAUGAAAACAACAUGCUCGAGAGUGAACUUGAGCAGAUCAAGAAGACCGCAGAACGCCGCGGGAUUAGACUUACGGAGUGCAAGAAGAUCAUUGACAAACAACAAGAGACGCUCUCUGUUCAACAAAGCGAUGUCGCUGAGCUGCGCCAUCAGCUCCAUCAGUUCCAACAAACCAAUCGUGGUCGCGAACGCACUCGCACGCCCUCACGUCGCCGCCUCCCCUCGCGCGACAAAUCCUGGUCGCCGUCUCAGUCUUUGAACUCUCGCCCUGAUCCUCGCCCUGACAUUCGUUCCGAGCGCCGUCGUUUGUCACCUGCACUUCGUCCUUCGGAGGCCCCGACUCACCACACCAUGAACACCAUGAACACAACCUCGUCUACAGCUCAACGUCGAUCCAUCAAGGUCCCUGAACCCCCAGAGUUCGCCAACGACGACAAAGUCAAGUUUGCGGAAUGGAGCACCAAGAUGCGUAUGAAGUUGCGAGCUGGCGAGUUCGACUCCUGCGAUGAGAUGACAAAGCUCCACUAUCUCCUUAGCCGUACCAGAAACGGUCCCUUCAUGCGUCUCAAGGUUCGCAUCACCCAAGACGAAUCUGACCAACCUCCCCCCAAUGCUUUCACUACCGCCGUCCAGUGCCUUAGCCAGAUGAACGAGUGGUAUGGCGAUCGUCACGAAAAGUCUCGCGCAUACUCCGACCUUGCCCAUAUGACUCAGGGCUACAACGAGCCGUUCGCCGACUUCUACGCCAAGUUCGAGGAAAAGCUUGCAUACGUCAGCAUGGACGAGGAACAACAGAUGAUUCAAAUCAUGGAGAAGCUUAACGGCCGUUACCGCACUCGCAUUGACGACGGCACAGACUACCUCGACGUCAGAGCUAUGGUCAAGCGCUGCUACGCCCUUGACCGUUCCUUCGCCUCCCAGGACAGCAAGAAGUCCGCCACCGACAGAGAACGCCGCCCUACUCGCAACGGCCGCACCGCCAGCGCCUCGAGCCAGAGCUCCAACGCCUCUUCUCGCAGCUCCAGUUCUGCCAGUACCGCUGCAUCCUCAGUCGCUCCCUCCGUUCCCAAGCUCACUGAAGAACUUCGCCAGAAGCUCCGCGCUGAAGGUCGCUGCUUCCGCUGUCGCGAGAAGGGCCACACCUCAUUCAACUGCCCCAAGAACAACCGCACGAACAUCAACCAUCUGGCCAUCAUGCCCGCCGACACCGAGAACGAUGUAGGCGGCGUCCCCCUUGCCGAGCCGGAAAACGAGUAG